AUGGACAGUUUCUCCCCCAGUUUGUCGACCUCUACCGCUACCAGCAUGUCCGCCAGUGUGGACAAGCCCUCCACUUCAGCUAGUCUUUCGCCAAGUGUCUUGUUCUCCACCUUUGCUUGGCUUUUAACCAGUGCCUCGAUUAUCGCUUUUGCCUGUAUCUCGUAAUGUAUCUCGCAAACUGUGUUAACCUUCACUUGGAUUAGCCUCUUUGUUCAUGUGUCGUCUCAACUUGCAUUUCUGCUAGCCUGUCAUUCAGUGUCUGCUCCAGUUUCUUGGGCUUCAGCUCGGCCACUGAGACACUAAGUGUCUUGACCUCCACUUCUGCUCGACUGGCAGCCAGUUUUGUUGACCUACGCAAAGGUCUGUACCUCGGCUAGUCUGUUUGUUACUGUCUCAAAGACAAUAACUCUUAGACAAUUAGCAUGUCAGCAAAUGUAAUGACAGCGGCACUUACACAGAUGUAUGGUUAAUAGCAUCAAAUUUUACCCUUUCUAGCCGCUGACAGUUUGUUUAACACGUCUUGGUACUUUACUUUCGCCAGUGUGUAGUCGACUGUUUCCACUUUCACCACUGAUAGCCUGUCAGCCAGUGUAUCGACCAGCAUCUUGCUCCCCAUCUCAAACAAUGUGUUCUAAACUGUCAUGACCUGUACCCGUUUUUCUCUUUCAGGCAGCAUGUCCACCAGCGGCUGGAAAUCCACCUCGGUCAGUGACUCCCAAGGUUUUUCAAAUUACACCACUAAUAGCCUAGCAAACAAUCUGUCCAUCAGCCCCGCUUUUUGAGUUUUCGCUAGUGUGUUUUCAAGUUACUUCACCUGCAUUCUUGCAUGCCUCUGAACUAGAGUGUCAACCAUCGUGUCAAUCUCUACCUCAGACACUGUGCCGCAAAAUUUGUUAAGCAUACAGCAUCAAGCAUUCAUGGCCUUUAGCCAGGCCAGUGAGGCGCUUAGCGUCUCGGAAUUGGACAGUGUGUAAAGAAGGUAUUCGAGCUUUACCUAUGAUAGGCUAUUAGUCAGUGUGUAAGGAAGUGUCUUGACCUCCAACUUUGGUAAGCUCAUAGAGAGAGACGACCAGCCUCUCCGUCUCCACGUAGGCCAGUGUCUCGUCAAGUUUGUCGACUUUCGUUACAACUUUGCUAGCUCGGGCUUUUGUUGUUUGACCAGCCUCUCCCUAGGACUCUACCUUCACGAGGGAGUCGUAGAGUGUCUUGACCUCGGCCAUCGCUAGCUCUUCAGCCAGUGUGUCUACAAGCGCUUUGGUUUCCAUCAAGGCGAUUAUUUUUUUAAUUUUCUUGAUGUCCACCUUUACUAGCUAUGCAGAUAGUGUCUCCACCAAAGCGUCAGCCUCGACAUUCCAAAAUAUGUUGGUAAGAGUGCUUAUCUCCACCUCUGUAAGCCUCUUAAUUAGGGUGUGGAACAGUGCGUUUGCAUCCAACACGGUCAGUGUGUCGCUUAGUGUCCUGACCUCUAUCUUUAUCCCAAAACUAGGUCUCCACCCCGCCUAAUGUUUGGCCAAGUGUNUGUCUGCUCCAGUUUCUUGGGCUUCAGCUCGGCCACUGAGACACUAAGUGUCUUGACCUCCACUUCUGCUCGACUGGCAGCCAGUUUUGUUGACCUACGCAAAGGUCUGUACCUCGGCUAGUCUGUUUGUUACUGUCUCAAAGACAAUAACUCUUAGACAAUUAGCAUGUCAGCAAAUGUAAUGACAGCGGCACUUACACAGAUGUAUGGUUAAUAGCAUCAAAUUUUACCCUUUCUAGCCGCUGACAGUUUGUUUAACACGUCUUGGUACUUUACUUUCGCCAGUGUGUAGUCGACUGUUUCCACUUUCACCACUGAUAGCCUGUCAGCCAGUGUAUCGACCAGCAUCUUGCUCCCCAUCUCAAACAAUGUGUUCUAAACUGUCAUGACCUGUACCCGUUUUUCUCUUUCAGGCAGCAUGUCCACCAGCGGCUGGAAAUCCACCUCGGUCAGUGACUCCCAAGGUUUUUCAAAUUACACCACUAAUAGCCUAGCAAACAAUCUGUCCAUCAGCCCCGCUUUUUGAGUUUUCGCUAGUGUGUUUUCAAGUUACUUCACCUGCAUUCUUGCAUGCCUCUGAACUAGAGUGUCAACCAUCGUGUCAAUCUCUACCUCAGACACUGUGCCGCAAAAUUUGUUAAGCAUACAGCAUCAAGCAUUCAUGGCCUUUAGCCAGGCCAGUGAGGCGCUUAGCGUCUCGGAAUUGGACAGUGUGUAAAGAAGGUAUUCGAGCUUUACCUAUGAUAGGCUAUUAGUCAGUGUGUAAGGAAGUGUCUUGACCUCCAACUUUGGUAAGCUCAUAGAGAGAGACGACCAGCCUCUCCGUCUCCACGUAGGCCAGUGUCUCGUCAAGUUUGUCGACUUUCGUUACAACUUUGCUAGCUCGGGCUUUUGUUGUUUGACCAGCCUCUCCCUAGGACUCUACCUUCACGAGGGAGUCGUAGAGUGUCUUGACCUCGGCCAUCGCUAGCUCUUCAGCCAGUGUGUCUACAAGCGCUUUGGUUUCCAUCAAGGCGAUUAUUUUUUUAAUUUUCUUGAUGUCCACCUUUACUAGCUAUGCAGAUAGUGUCUCCACCAAAGCGUCAGCCUCGACAUUCCAAAAUAUGUUGGUAAGAGUGCUUAUCUCCACCUCUGUAAGCCUCUUAAUUAGGGUGUGGAACAGUGCGUUUGCAUCCAACACGGUCAGUGUGUCGCUUAGUGUCCUGACCUCUAUCUUUAUCCCAAAACUAGGUCUCCACCCCGCCUAAUGUUUGGCCAAGUGUGUGAACCUCUUUCUCUGCAAGGCUGUAGGCUAGUGUCUCAGGUGUGUGUCAGCUUCCACCACGAACAGUAAGUGGCCAAAUGUGUUGACUUGCCACUCUGUUACCUUUUCAGGCAGUGUGUCUACUUUGCCUUGGCCUACUUCUUGGCUUUUCCUACGCCACGUGUCUCGACCUCCACCUCUGCUGCCCUGUCAACCAGUGUGUUUACCAGUGCAUCAUUUUUGGCGUUGGCUGGUGUCGCCAAGUUUCUCGACCUUUACUUCUGCUUGCCUAGCAACCAUUUGGUAGUGCAGCGCCUAGGCGUUUUCCUCAAGCUGUUUGUCGCAAGUGACUGGAUCUCAUUCUCUGCUACCGUGUUCUUUAAUGUGUGUAACGUUUCCAUGCCCUUUAGCUUGGACAGUGUGUUGCCAAAUGUGUGGACCUUAACCUCUGUUUCCCUGGCUGCUAUUGUGUUAAGCACCGCUUUGCUUUGCGUCUCGGCGUCCACCUCGGCAUCUGUUUAGCAUAGCGCCUGCACAUCCACCUCUUUCACUCUGUAAGCAAGUGUGAACCAACGCUUUAGUUUUUACUACGGACAGUUUGUCCUUAAUUGUGUCGACCUCUAUUGCUACCAACAUGUCCGCCAGUGUGGCCUUGGCCUCCAUUUAAGCUACUCUCUCGCCAAGUGUCUUGUUCUACACCUUUUCUUGCAUUUUAACUCGUGCUUCGAUUAUCGCUUUAGCCUUUACUUUGUACAGUAUCUCGCAAAAUGUUUUGACCACCGCUUGGAGUAGCGUCUUUGUUAGGGUGUUGUCUCAACUUGCAUUUCUGCUAGCCUUUCACUCAGUGUAUUCAGCAGCCUCUUGGCCUACAGCUCGGCCACUGUGUCGCUAAGUGUCUCGACCUCCACCUCUGAUCGCCUGUCAGUCAGUGUGCCUACCUUUGCCUCGUUGUCCUAGUUGGUUUUUCUUUCACCAAGUGUCUCGACCUCCACGUCUGCUAGUCACUCAGCCAGUUUAUUUACCAGUGCAUCAUUUUCGCAUUAACUGGUGUCGCCAAGUUUCUUGACCUUUACUUCUGCUUACCUUGCAACCAUUUGGUAGUGCAGCGCCUUGGCGUUUACCUCAAGCUGCGUGUCGCCAAGUGACUGGACCUCAUUCUCUGCUACCUUGUCACUUAAUGUGUGUAACGUUUCCAUACACUUCAGCUCGGACAGUGUGUCGGCGAGUGUGUGGACCUUGACCUCUGUUUUUGUGUCUGCCAGUGUGUCAAUCACCGCUUUGCACUCUACCUUGAACGGCAUGUUGCCAACUUUAUAUUCCUCCAGCACUGGUAGUCUGUCAGUAAGUGCGUAUAUAAGCGUCUAGGCGUCCACCUCGGAAAGCGUGGAGCAUAGCUCCUGACAUCCACCUCUAUCGCUGUGUAAUCAAGUUUUUCCACCAACGCUUUAUUCUUUACCAGGUACAGUUUGUCCCCAAGAGUGUCGACCUCUACCGCUAACAGCAUGUCCGGCAGUGUGGCCUUGGCCACUUCAGCUAGUCUUCAGUGUCUUGUUCUCCACCUUUGCUUGCCUUUUAACCAGUGCCUCGAUUAUCGCUUUAGCCUUCACCUCUUACAGUAUUUCGCAAAAUGGGCUGACCUUCACUUGCAUUAGCCUCUUUGUUCGCGUGUCGUCUCAACUUGCAUUUCUGCUUGAUUGUCACCUAGUGUAUGCAGCAGCUUCUCGGCCUCCAGCUCGGUCACUGUGACGCUAAAUGUCUCGACCUCCCACUCUGCUCGCCUGUCAGCCAGUGUGUAGACCUGCGCCAUUAGCUGCGCCGCAGCUAGUUGGUAGCCUGUCAGUUAAUGUGUAGUCCAAAAACUAACUCUUCACCUCGCCUAAUGUUUGGCGAGAUGUGUCAACCUCUUUCUCCGCAAGCAUGUAGCCUAGUGUCGCAGUUGGCCACCAAGAACAGUAAUUCGCCAACUGUGUUGACUUGCCCUCAGUUACCUUUUCAGCGUGUGUUUCUACUUUGCCUCGGCCUUUCUCUUGGCCUGUCCUACGCAAAGUGUGUCGAACUCCACCUCUGCUACGCUGUCAGCUCUUUUAGUCUAUAAGCAAGUGUUUCCACCAGCGCUUUAGUGUUUACCAUGGACAGUUUCUCCCCCAGUGUGUCGACCUCUAUUGCCACAAGCAUGUCCGUUAGUGUGGACAAGCCCUCCACUUCAGCUAGUCUUUUGCCAGGAGUCUUGUUCUCCACCUUUGCUUGACUUUUAACCAGUGCCUCGAUUAUCGCUUUUGCCUGUAUCUCGUAAUGUGUCUCGCAAACUGUGUUAACCUUCACUUGGAUUAGCCUCUUUGUUCGUGUGUCGUCUCAACUUGCAUUUCUGCUAGCCUGUCAUUCAGUGUCUGCUCCAGUUUCUUGGGCUUCAGCUCGGCCACUGAGACACUAAGUGUCUUGACCUCCACUUCUGCUCGCCUGACAGCCAGUUUUGUUGACCUACGCAAAGGUCUGUACCUCGGCUAGUCUGUUUGUUACUGUCUCAAAGACAAUAACUCUUAGACAAUUAGCAUGUCAGCAAAUGUAAUGACAGCGGCACCUACACAAAUGUAUGGUUAAUAGUAUCAUAUUUUUCCCUUGCUUUCCGCUGACAGUUUGUUUAACACCUCUUAGUACUUUACUUUCGCCAGUGUAUAGCCGACUGUUUCCAUCUUUACCACUGAUAGCCUGUCAGCCAGUGUAUCGACCAGUGUAAUGGUCCUUACCUCGAACAAUGUGUUCUGAAGUGUUUUGACCUCUACCUAUUUUUCCCUUCCAGACAGCGUGUGGACCAGCGCCUGGAACUCAACCUCGGCCAGUGACUCGCAAGGCUUUUCAACCUACACUAAUAAUACUCUAGCAACCAAUGUGGCGAACAGCGCCGAUAUUUCUUUUUUCGUUAGUGUGUUUUCAAGUGAUCCUACCUGUAUCCCUCCUUGGCUCUCAACCAGAGUUUCAUCCAGCGUGUCAAUCUCCACUUCAGACAGUGUUUCGCCAUAUAUGUUAAGCAUACAGCAUAAAGCAUCAUCAUGAACUUAAGCCCGGCCUUGCCUAGCGUCUCGAACUCGAACAGUGUGUAGAGAAGUUAUUCAAGCUCUACUUUUCUCAAGUGUGUCAACUUGCUCUUCGUCGAGCCUGUAAGCCAGUAUGUCAACCAGCCUCUGGGCACCGCCUCUGCCAGCCUUGUGCUAAGUGUCUCAAUUUUCUAUACUACUAGGUUCUUCGCUAGUGUCUCAGUUGGGUGUGAGCAUCUAUCACGAACAGUAAGUAGCCAAAUGUGUUGACUUCGCACUCUGUUACCUUUUCAGCCAGUGUGCCUACUUUGCCGCGGCCUACUUCUCUGCUUUUCCUACGCCAAGUGUCUCGACCUCAACCUCUGCUGCCCUGUCACCCAGUGUGUUUACCAGUGCAUCAUUUUCGGCGUUGGCUGGUGUCCCCAAGUUUCUUGACCUCUACUUCUGCUUUCCUAUCAGUUAUUCGGUAGCCAAGUGCCUUGGUGUUUACCUCAAGCUGUGUGUCGCCAAGUAACCCGACCUCAUUUUCUGCUACUGUUACACUCAAUGUGUGUAACGUUUGCAUACCCUUCAGCUCGGACAGUGUGUCGCCAAGUGAGUGGACCUCAACCUCUGAUUUUCUGUCUGCGGAUAUGUCAAGCACCUCUUUGCACUGUACCUUGGCUGGCAAGUUGCCAACUUUUUUUUUCUUCACCACAGAUAGCCUGUCAGUCAGUGCGUAUAUAAGCGUCUCGGGGUCUACCUUGACAAGUGGGUAGUAUAGUGUCUGGACAUCCACCUGUCUUACCAUGCAAGCAAGAGUGUCCACCACCGCUUUAGGUCUUUACCAUAAUAAGUUUGUCCCAAAGUGUGUCGACCUCUACUACUACCAGCCAAGUGAGUGGGCCUCAUUCUCUUAUUUUCUGUCUGCGGGUGUGUGAGGCACCGCUUUGCACUUUUCCUUGGAGUGGCAAGUUGCCAACUUUGUUUUUCUUCACCACAGGUAGCCUGUCAGUCAGUGCGUGUAUAAGCGUCUUGGCGUCCACCUUAAGAAGUGGGUAAUAUAGUGUCUGGAGAUCCACUGUCUUACCCUGUAAGCAAGUAUGUCCACCACCGCUUUAGGUCUUUACCAUAAAAAAUUUGUCCCAAAGUGUGUCGACCUCUACUACCACCAGCAUGUCUGCCAGUGUGGCCUUGGCUUUCACUUUAGCAAGUCUUUUACGAAGUGUCUUGUUCUCCACCUUUGCUUGGAUUUUAAGCGGUGGCUCGAUUAUCGCUUUUUCCUCUACCUCGUACAGUGUCUCGCAAACUCUGUUGACCUGCACUUGGACUAGCGUCAUUGUGCGUGCGUCGUCUUAACUUGCAUUUCUGCUAGCCUGUUACUCAGUGUAUGCACCAGCUUCUUGGCCUCUAGGUCGGCUACUUUGUCGCUUAGUUUCUCGAACUGCAGCUCUACUCGUCUUUCAGCCAGUGUGACUACUUGUUCGUCGCCCUACUUUUUGGCUUUUUGUUCGCCGUGUCCCGACCUUUUUGCUUGCUAUCCUGUCAGCCGGUGUGUUUACAAAUGCAUCUUUUUCGGCGUUGUCUAGUGUCGCCAAGUUUCUCGCACUUUACUUCUGCUUGCUCAGCAAUAAUUUGAUAGUGCAGGGCCUUAGCAUUUCCAUCAAGCUGUGUCGACAAGAGACCUGCAGUUUGACAAGCCUUUUUGUUACUGUGUCGUCGGAACUUGGAUUUGUGCUAGCCUGUCAGCUAAUUUUUCAAGCAGCUUCUUUGCCUCCUGCUCGGCUACUGUUUUGCUAAGUGUCUCGACCUCCUAUCUGCUCGCCUGUCAGCUGCUGUGUCGACCUACGAAAAGGUCUACACCUCGGCUAGUCUGUUGCUUAGUGCCUUAACGACAAUCACUCCUAGACAAUUACCAUGUCAGCAAAUGUGUUGAUUUAAAACUAUCAAAAUCUACCUCUGCUAGCCGCUGACAGUUUUUUUACACCGUCUGGUACUUUACCUUGGCCUGUGUGUAGCCAACUGCUUGGACUUUUACCACUGAAAGUCUGUCUGCCAGUGUGUCGACCAAACAAUGUGUUCUAAAGUGUUUUGACUUCUACGCAUUUUUUUCUUUAAGGCUGCGUGUCGACCAGCGCCCGAAACCCCAUCUCGGCCAGUGACUCUCAAAGUUUUUUAACCUAAACCCCUAAUAGCCUAGCAACCAAUUUGUCGAGCAGCGCCGAUCUCUUUGUUUUUGCUAGUUUGUUUUUAAGUGACCCUACCUGCAUCCUUGCUUGCUUCUCAACCACAGUAUUAGCCAGCGUGUCAAUCUGCACCUCAGACAGUGUUUCGCCAAAUAUUUUAAGCAUACAGAAUAAAGCAUCGCCAUGAACUUCAGCCUGGCCUUGCCUAACGUCUCGAACUUGAAGAGUGUGUAGAGAUAAGAUCCGACCUAGAGUUUUGUCGAGUGCGUCAACUUGCUCCAUCGCUAGCUUGUCAGCCAGCACGCCCACCAGCCUCUGGCGUCAACCUCGGCUUGUGUUUUGCUAAGUGUCUCAAACUUAAAUACUACUAACCUUUCGGGUAGUGUCUUGACCUAGGCAAGGCCUGCACCUUGAGUAGUGUGUUGCUCAGUGUCUCGAAGUCCACCUCUCUUUGUCUGUUUGCCAAUGUGUUGACUAGUGCUUUGGCUUUCUUCUUUGUCAGUGAGGCCAUGUUGCCAACUCCACCUCAUUAGGAUGUUAGUAAGCGUGUGGAAGAGUGUCUUGACCUCCAGCUUUAGUAGGUUUAUAGAGAUUGUCAACCAGCCUUUCCGCCUUAAACCAACGCCAGUGUCUCGCCAAGUUUGUCGACUUUCUUUACAACUCUGCUAGCUUGGGCUCUUGUGUUUUGACAAGCCUCUUCCUACGACUCUGCCUUCACGCGGGCGCCGAGGAGUGUCUUGAGCUGGCCUCGCUAGCCAUUCAGCAAGUUUGAUUACAAGCGCUUUGGCUUACAUCUACGCCAUUCUUUUUGUAAUUUUCUUAAUGUCCACCUUUGCUAGCUAUGCAGAUAGUAUCUCUAUUAGUGCGUUAGCCUCGACCUUGGCUUUGCAAACAUCUUAGUUAGGGUGUCGACCAGCGCAUCUAACACGGCCAGUGUGUCGCUUACUUUAGACCUUACUUUAAGACUUUACUUUGGCCAUGGUCUGGAAAAGAGUGUCGAGCUACACCUGUCCUACCUUGUCAGCCAGUUUUUUAACCAGCUUCUGGGCCUGUACUUCGGCCAGUCUUGCGCCGAGUUUCUGGAACUAAACCUCUGCUAGCCUGACAGCCACUGUAACUACCGUUUUCCGUUAGCCAGUGUUUAACCAAGUUUGUCGGCUUUGGCAACUGCUAGCCUAUUAGCAAAUUAAUCGGGCAAGCAAGUCAGCCUUUCUUUUAGCUACGGUGGUGUCAAGUGUCUCGACCUUCAACUUUGGUAGCCUGUCAGUUAAUGUGUAGUCCAAAAACUAACUCUUCACCUCCCCUAAUGUUUGGCGAAAUGUGUCAACCUCUUUUUCCGCAAGCCUGCAGCCUAGUGUCGCAGUUGGGCGCCAGUCUCCACCACGAACAGUAAUUCGCCAACUGUGUUGACUUCUCACUCAGUUACCUUUUAAGCCAUUGUGUCUACUUUGCCUCGGCCUUCUUCUUGGCCUAUUCUUCGCAAAGUGUCUCGACCUCCACCUCUGCUAGCCUGUCACCCAGUUUCUUUACCAGUACAUCAUUUUUGGCGUUGGCUGGUGUCGCCAAGUUUCUCGACCUUUACUUCUGCUUCCCUAUCAGUUAUUCGGUAGCCAAGUGCAUUGGUGUUUACCUCAAGCUGUGUGUUGCCAAGUAACUCGACCUCAUUUUCUGCUACUGUGACACUCAAUGUGUGUAACGUUUGCAUACCCUUCAGCUCGGACAGUGUGUCGCCAAGUGAGUGGACCUCAACCUCUGAUUUUCUGUCUGCGGUUGUGUCAAGCACCUCUUUGCACUGUGCCUUGGCUGGCAAGUUGAAAACUUUAUUUUUCUUCACCACAGGUAGCCUGUCAGUCAGUGCGUAUAUAAGCGUCUCGGCGUCUACCUUGACAAGUGGGUAGGAUAGUGUCGGGACAUCCACCUGUCUUACCCUGUAAGCAAGUGUGUCCACCACCGCUUUAGGUCUUUACCAUGAAAAGUUUGUCCCAAAGUGUGUCGACCUUUACAGCUACCAGCAUGUCUGCCAGUGUGGCCUUGGCUUUCACUUUAGCAAGUCUUUUACGAAGUGUCUUGUUCUCCACCUUUGCUUGGCUUUUAACCAGUGCCUCGAUUAUCGCUUUUUCCUCUACCUUGUACAGUGUCUCGCAAACUCUGUUGACCUGCUCUUGGACUAGCGUCAUUGUU